GUUCAAGCCGUCGCUGAAUAUAUAUCGGUGCGUCUCCGAUCCUAGGUAGAUCGUGUCUCCACCUUUAACCGAUCCGUUAUUCGGACUUUCCAACUUUCCUCUUCUUUAAUUAAAAGCAUUAUCCUUUCUUCUGGAUAGAUCACUGGUUAUUACUUUCUUAAAACAUAUACAACAGAGAAAUCAACCAAGUACACAUCAAGAACAAGCCAUGCCCGUCUACCACAUCGUUCUUUUCCGCCUCAAACCCGGCGUGACGUCCGAACAACUCGCCAACUGGUCUGCCAUCAGCCGCGCGAUGGUUGGCAAGAUCCCCGGCCUGAUUUCCCUCCACGCGGGAUCUCCGCUGCCUAUUUCCGUGCCCCGCGCAAAGGGCUUCGAUAUGGGACUCGUGGCUGUUCUGGAGUCGCCGGAACAUGUUGCUGGUUAUGCUUCGCAUCCGGCGCAUUUGGAGUGAGCUUUUGGGGUGCAUAAGAUUCGGGAGGAGCUAUGUGAGGAUACGUUGGCGUAUGAUUUGGAGUUUCCUGCUUGAGUGGCGGAUAAACCUGUCAAAGAUCUCGUAACAGGUGACAAUCAAAAAAUGGCUCGUCUUUUACACGCAUUAGUGUCCCUUUCGAGGUAGUAGAAGCUAUAAAAGGCUCGAC